CAAAUAUGCAACAACGUACACAACUAGUAAACACGGUUUUUACAAUUUCAUAUAUUUUUUGUUUAAAUAAAAGGAUAUUUGAAAUUGUUUCAAAACUUGAAUCAAAAUUCGUUAACAGUAGCUCCGCUUGAAGUGAAAAAGCUCAUUUGUCUAAAACAAUUAAUGUUCAAGGAUUCAGACGAACCUUUUCUGUUACAGCUUUAGUCUUCAAUGAUCUCUUUACCAGAAAGACAAUUGUUCACCAAAUUGGAAACAAAAAUAGAUGCAAUUUGUCCAAAAUUCUAUAUUGAUGCCGGGAAUAUUCAGGUCCUUCAUGAACCGAGUGAGUUUUAUCAGACUCUUAAGGACUUAAUAAAAAAUGCAGAGAACAGGAUUUUCCUUUCUACAUUAUACAUUGGAAAAGAAGAAAAUGAAUUCGUAAACGUAAUUCGACAAGCAAUGAUUGCAAAGCCAAAAUUACAAGUGUUUAUUUUGGCAGAUCAAUUGCGGUCAACGAGAGAAUUUCCUUUCAGCUCUUCCGCUUCUCUGCUUACCAAAUUAAGGGAAGAAUUUCCUGAACGAUGUGAAAUAAAACUCUAUCACACUCCAAACUUACGAGGUCUCAAGAAAAGAUUGGUUCCAAAGAGGUUUAAUGAAGGUUGGGGACUUCAACAUAUGAAAAUUUAUGGAGCAGAUGAUUCCUUAAUUAUCAGUGGUGCAAACUUGUCAAGAGACUACUUUACCAAUCGUAAAGAUCGUUACUAUCUUUUUCAUGAUAAAAAUCUAUCUGAAUUCUUUUUUCACGUUCACUCUACAUUUGCAGGAUUAUCUUUUGACUGCCUACCCAGUAAACAUGGAUUUCUGCCGACAAUAGAGGACAGCCUUGCAUCUCAGUUUAGACUAGAGUGGAAUAAUGAUGUUCCUAAUCCUCUAACUAAUUCUAGGGAAUUCAUUAAAGAAGCUUCGAAUAGACUUCAACAUCUAUUAUGCAGUAGUCAAGAUCAUACUUACCAAAGAGAUUACAAAAGACCUCUUACUUCAUCAUACGGGUCGAGUUUUACGGAAGAUACUCAACAUGAAAAUAAAGCAAUGGACCAAAACUCGUAUGAACGAACCGCCAUUGUAUAUCCUCUUUUUCAGUGCAUGCCUGUGCUGACAGGACAAGUACAAUCAACCGAAGAUAAAGUGCUGGACUUACUUGGAAACCUCAUAAUGAAUGAAAAGAUUGAAUGGACACUGACAGCUGGCUAUUUUAAUGUUUAUCCGGAAUUAAGAAGGCAAUUACUAAAAAGUAAGGGGACAGGAGAAGCAAUUGUGGCGUCGCAACAAGCUAAUGGCUUUUACAAGUCGAAGGGUCCUUCGCAUAUGAUUCCACCUGCUUAUCAGUACAUUGCUGAGAAGUUUUUGAUUGACGCGACUCGAAUGAGAAAAGAUAUCGAUGUCCUGCAAUGGCAAAGACCAGGGCAUACGUAUCAUGCUAAAGGAUUUUGGUUUACCUAUCCUGGGAGGUCAACUCCCUUUUUAACUACGAUAGGCUCGUCGAAUUAUACAAGUCGGUCUCGACAACUGGAUUUAGAGUCAACGUUGGUAAUCAUGACACAAAACCAACAACUUCAAUCUUCAUUCCAAAAAGAGGUACAGUUGAUUCGGCAAUACGCCAAGCCUAUGGGAUCCUGCAAUCUGGAAAAAGUACCAGUGUAUGUAAAAGCGUUGGCAGCACUUUUGCGAAAGAAACUUUAAAAGUUUAUUAAAGAAAUAUUCAAUGUAAAAUAUUAGCUAGGAAUCUCUUUCUUUUUCUAUAAUUUCGAUUUCUGGUAUUCUAAUUUUUCAUUUACGAGAAUAUCAUACUAGUCAUUCCCACCGCC